UCGUUCAGCUAUGGCACCGUAUCCCUCGAUCACAACUUGCGGCCACGCCACACCAUUGCCACCGAAAUCCAGGGUCUCUACGACCGUGCCUCCGGCUAUGAUGAGCAAGCGCAGGACGCGCAGGAGGAGCUCGAGAGCGAGGACCCGGAGAUGGUUCGGACCCUCACGCCAGAGGGCCUGAGGACGCACCAGGAGCACAUGGCGCUCCUCGCUCGCGAGGUGGCAUCCUGCGAGACCAUGCGUGACCAGCUCGAAAUGCAGGCACGCUUGCUGGAGGAGGCGCAGGCUCUCGGCAUGACCGACGAAGAGUGGCGCGCGCACUAUCUUGAUGGGAUGUGA